CCACAACCAGCCACCACGUAAAUUGAUUGAGACAAAAAAAUGAAGACUUUUCUGUCACCUAUCGGUAUCCAGCUGUAGUGAUCAAUUGUAUAGUUUCCUUGCUAUACACGCAGAAACCAAAUGUGCAAUUAUAUAUAUUGAUUAAUCCCGGUGACUUAAAGAUCGAAAUUACCAAAAGAUGAGUCUAAGCUCCGAUCUAAAAGAGAGUAAUUUGGACGAGAUGAAGAAUGUUUUGGAGGAUUUAACAUCGAAUGUGAAGCAAGUACAAGACGGUUUAUUAGAAGAGAUACUUGCACAUAGCGCAGACACGGAAUACCUCCAGAGAUUCCUCCAUGGGAUGUCUACUAAAGAGCUUUUCAAGAAGAAUGUUCCAAUUGUAACAUAUAAAGAUGUUGAGCCUUAUAUUGAGCAUGGAGAGCCUUCAAAUAUCAUAUCUGCCCAUCCCAUUACUAGAUUCACCUUUAGUUCUGGAACUUCAGGAAGGAAACAGAAGUUAAUGCCUUUCAACAUGAAGUACUUGGAGAACAUCAUAUAUUCCAUAGGAAUCUACACUCUUUCGUUAUAUGCAGAUAUCUCUACUGUUCCAGGCCAUUACGUUCUUUACUGGGAACUCAAAGCGGAAAACAAAAAUACAAUCCUUGAGCUCGGUGAAAAGUUAUUGAUGGAGUGUUGCUAUACCGUGGAAGAAGCAUUCAAUUUUCUAUACCGGAAAUUUCGGUGCAAGGAUGGUUUAAUUGGAGCUCUAGAGAUAAGAGUGGUGCAACCAGGAACAUUUGAUUCUCUUAUGAACUAUUUCAUCUCUGAGGGUUCUUCUUUAAUUCAAUACAAAACCCCCAUUAUGCAUGAUAUCUGUCCAUGCCUUAGCCAUUCUUGAAGAUAAGGUUUUCGCACAGUUCUUCGGCGACAAACCCCCACCUUUCUGACUUUUCGCCUUUGUAGAGCUCCUCAGCUUCGAGGGCUUUU